CAUUGUCUCUGCGCCGGAAGCGGUCGUUCCUGAGCCGGUGCGUGCUGACCACACCGGGCUGGCACCGGCGCCCGCGGCGUGAGCCCGUCCCCGGGGGCGACCGACCUCUGCUGGCCCCAGGGACAAUGGCUGUGUUUCAUGACGAGGUGGAGAUCGAGGACUUCCAAUAUGACGAAGACUCGGAGACCUAUUUCUACCCCUGCCCGUGUGGGGAUAACUUCUGCAUUACCAAGGAAGAUUUGGAGAAUGGGGAAGACGUGGCAACGUGUCCUAGCUGCUCUCUCAUCAUAAAAGUGAUUUAUGACAAGGAUCAGUUUAUGUGUGGAGAAACAGUUCCUGCCCCUUCGACCCACAAAGAAUUAGUUAAAUGCUGAAGAAGACUUUAGGAAUCCAAAUCCCGAACAUUUAGGAAUGAACCAAGCUGGAAAAAUCAAAUGCGAAGUUACUGGCUUCUUCAGAAAACAACCAUUCCGUAGUUGGCUCUUCCAUUAGAGUGUGGAUCCUUACCAUUGACUGCUGAGUUCAUCUCCAAUUAAAGAAGCAAGUCCAUGACAUGACAUGCCUGGAUUUUGUGCUUAGAACUUUGAAUUGGAAGUUUUCUUAAUUUUCCACGUGAAUUUAAAGGAAGAUCAUUUCAGAUCAGUGCAUGUUUUCUUUCCGUAUCAUUAUUUUUAUGUCCUACACCUGAUCUCUUUCUUGUAACAGCAUCUUCUACCUCAAAGUCAUUAGGAUUCCUUAAUUUUAAAAAAGGAUUAUAUUUUUGGCUUAGUUAUUAAGAUUAUUAAAAGCCCUUUCAACUUUGCUGUUCUACCUUAAGCAAAUGAGUUGCUUUAUCCACACUGCACUUUCAGGUCCCGUACCAAGCCAGUCUGCCUAGCCUUCGAUUCAUUAGAACGUUCAUGUUCUGCUUGACAUGUCAUUUCCACUAUACUUCCCACAUUGAGUUCUGGUUAUGGUAUUACAGAGAAAAUCUACUGAGCUCACAAUUUUUCCAGAGCUAAAAGUUAGUAGGAAAGAAAAGUCAAAAAGUGAAAUGGUCAAAGAAUCAGGAGUUUUCUUAUCAAUAUUCUGCAUAUUCCUCGAAAAUUGGGACAAGAUAAAAAGAAAAGCAGCCAAAGGAAGUGAAAUUGGAAGCAGAAUCAGAAGAGAAAAACUUGCCAACUUAGUAAAUUGAAUGCUCGGAUGGUUUUGCCAGGUCAAAGCAGAUAAUGUUUGUGUAUCUGGAUCUUGUCUGUCCGUUUGUCUUUAGAUAAGGCUGAUGAAAUUGCAUUCGAGAGAGGGGUCUGUGUCAAGGCUUCAUGGCUGGCAGCAAUGCUUUCAGCCUUACCUCAAAAUCAAGUCACUGCCUGUAAAAGGUAAAGCUACAACAACUCUUGCACCUCCUGAGGAUGAACUUGAAGAAGAGCUGCCUAAGUCUAAAUAAGAAUGUCCCUGGGGACACAUCUAACAAGUGUAAGAUAAAAGAUAUAAGCUGUAACUGAGCGAGACAUGCACUCAGAGAAAUGUUGCCCUGGAGAAAAAGAAAUUUAUAAAGAUAGGUUAUCAAUCUUCCUUUGCUGCAGUACAGUAGCAAGAAAUUAGAAUCACAUAAAAAUUCAGAAAUUUCUUUCAUAUCACAAUUUUGUUACGUGUUUAUAAAAUUUUUAAAAACUCACUGAUGUCUGGUAGGCUUUCGGAACGGUUCCUGCAGUUAGAAAAAAUAGCUUGCCAGAAUGUGACUAUUGUAUUACUGGGUUGAUAAAUGUGUUGUGCACACACUGGGGGUUUAAGUUAAAACAACUGGUCUUUUUUUUUUUUUUUUUUUUUUUCGUUAAACCUGCCAGCAGCAUGGCUAUGGGCAGCCAUUAGCCUGCGACCUGAUAAGUGACCAAAAAUUGUAUGCCAAAGUGCGGGGUAGAUUAUAUGAUGUUAUAUGGCAUAUUCUUCAUGGAAUGAGCAGUCUAAUUUCUAUUUGAGGACGCUGAUCCCCCACAAGAAUCCACUGGUAGAUUGGAGCCAGUGGCAGCUCAGAUGAAGAGAGCAUGGUAUGUGCCAACUAAUGGGAAUGAACUGAACAGAGGAAUGAACUGUUCCAUGCUUAUUAUGAUGGUUUUAUGGAUACAGACAUUAGCUCCUUCAGCUGAUGGUGAAUUUAAAACAGGAACAGGCACCUUUGAGGUAGAUGUCCUGUGAACAUAGAAGGAAUAAAAGUUACCCAAGUCUAAACAUACCAGGAGAAAUGAAAUCAAAGUGCACUGGCAAUCAGGGAUAAUCUGUAGUGUGGGAGUGAUGUUUUUAAAGCAACUUAGUUACUAAAUUUGUUAACCACAAAAGAACAGGGUUUAAUCCUAUGUUUAGCAGAAAGUAAAACCAGGAUCUUUCAGAUACGAGUAGAGUUCUGUGUGUAUUAUGUGCCUUUUGUACCUUACCAGACAUUUCAGACCUCUGAGAACUGAUCUGUAAUCCAGGCUCUCUGUCUCUUACCAACUUUGUAUAAACUGUCAGUAUUAUAAUUUCAGGCUUUGUAGCUUGCAGGAGCUGAAAUGGUGAUUAAAACCUUUACAUUAAGACUCAAAACUAAAUCAUGAACUAUUAGAGAAAGAGACUCCAUGCUUCUUCAGUAUCUUCAUGUUCCCACACUUCUGAGUUUGAAAAUAAAGUUGCCUAUUUGAAUGAUUCUACAUAUAUUUUAGUGUACACAUUCAGAAGCUGUUUUCUUGGAAAGCACCCAACACUUUUGAUUGCUGUACAUACUAAUUUAUUACCAGAAUAAAUUAUUGACAUGCUAAAUAAAGUCAUAAUUCAAAUCCA